CCCUCGGCGCUCGAUUAGCAACACCUGGCGCGGCGGCGCAGGCGCAGUGGGCGGCGCCCGACUGCGGCUGCGCCAGCCGCCCGCAACCAUGGCGGACGAGGAGCUGGAGGUGCUGCGGCAGCAGCGCCUGGCCGAGCUGCAGGCCAAGCACGGGGAUCCUUCUGGUGAUCCAGCACAACAAGAAGCAAAACAGAGGGAAGCAGAGAUAAGAAAUACUAUUUUAGCUCAAGUUCUAGAUCAAGCAGCUCGUGCACGAUUAAGUAAUUUGGCACUUGUGAAACCAGAUAAAGCAAAAGCAGUGGAGAAUUAUCUUAUACAGAUGGCAAGAUUUGGACAGCUACCUGGAAAGGUGUCAGAACAGGGUUUGAUAGAAAUACUUGAAAAAGUGAGUCAGCAAACAGAAAAGAAAACAACAGUAAAGUUCAACAGAAGAAAAGUACUGGAUUCUGAUGAAGAGGAUGAUUAUUAAAUACACUGUAAGACUGUCUGCCAAACAACUUGCCUGGAAAAAAGGCAAUAUACUGUAUCAGGCAGAAUGAAAGAUCUGAAAAUGUUUACGUUUCUUUACCUUUAUAUAUAUUAAAAAAAAAGCCAACAAAUGAACUUGUCUUGUAAAAUAAAUCUGAGAAGGGGAUUUUAUAACUUAAAUUUUUGCGGUAUAAGAGGCCUGAGCAGUGUGAGGGUUCCCCGCUGCUUCCUUAGCAUGAAUGUUUUGUUGCCCCUUACUCAGUGUGUAAGCUAUGCUUUCAGCACAUGCACACCCUUAACUUGCUCCUAUUGGAGAUACCGUAACAUGAGGAGUCAAAGUACAAAGUUGGGAACAACUAGAAGUUUAAAGACUUACCUCCAAGUCUAAAUCACGGAAGUUCAUUUAGAAACAAGAUUUCCUGAGUCCAUGAAGGAAUCCUAUCUGGCAGCUCACUGGCUCUCGAGUCUUUACUGGAAAUUGACAAAAAUAAAGUGUUUUGGUAUCAAAGUACUGAUGAUUGGAGUUUGGAGCGGAGGAUUUCUUUUCAGGUAGUCUGUGUAAUGAAAUUACAACCAGCAUGUAACGGAACUGUUCCCCAUGAAAUAACCAAGUUAUCUCAAAACAAAGCAAGUUAAAGUAUAGUGUGCAAUACAGCACUGUUCAAAAACUUGGUAUCAUAUGUUCUUUAAACUACCUCCAUUUUUAUCAAAUGGCUGGAGUGUUUCUUAUUUUGAAAAAAAGACAGUUUUCCUAAAAUCUCUACAACUUCUGCAUGCAUAAAAUAAAACUGAACUUGUGCUAUACCUUUAUUCAAAAAUAAGAUUAUGGAAAUACAUCGGAUAAAUACUGUAAUGUUGUGUUGAUAAACCUUCUACCACCAGAAGAACCCUUUUCUGACAUCACUUGAGAAGUGUGUAUGAUCCCAAAUGCAAUGUUUUGGGGACAGAAUAAAGUUUGGGGACAGAAUAAAGUUGUUUAAAGUGA